AUGGCCGACAAGGAGAGCUCGACGGGCACGAACGUUCAGGUCGCAGUGAGAUGCCGCCCACUCAAUAGCAGGGAGAAGGCGUCGGGAAACCUCCACGUGGUCAAUACGGAGCCUUCCCACAACCGCAUCCGCGUGGCUCACAAGAAGCUGGACCGGACCUACCAGUACGACCAUGUGUUCGGGCCGUUCGCCUCCCAGGAGGAGGUGUUCGUGUCCACGGUGGAGCCGAUCGUACGCGAGAUGCUUCAGGGGUUUUCUACCACCGUGUUUGCCUACGGGCAGACGGGGACAGGAAAGACACACACGAUGGAGGGGGACAUCACCAGUGCUGAGGGUAUGGGCGUGAUUCCGCGGUCUGUGCACGCGAUCUUCGACUAUCUGGACGGCAUCAGCGCUGACUACACCGUCCGGACGUCGUUUCUAGAGCUUUACAACGAGGAGCUGGCGGACCUUCUCGCUGAUGGUAGCUCUAAGAGUAAGGUGGUCCUGCGGGAAGACAGCAAGCGCGGCGUUGUGUGCUGCGGCCUGGAGGAGGUGCAGGUGCUGACCGCCAAGGACAUCUUCAACAUCCUCGGCAAGGGCAUCCAGCAGCGGAAGACCGCGGCCACGCUCAUGAACAAGAACUCCUCGAGGAGCCACUCGAUCUUCACUCUCAAGAUCAUGAUCAAGGAGUGCAUGCCGGACGGCCAGGAGGUGAUGCGGAACGGGCAGCUCAACCUGGUGGACCUUGCGGGGUCGGAGUGCGUGGGCCGGUCGGGAGCCAAAAACGUCAGGGCCAGGGAGGCGGGGAAUAUCAACCAGAGCCUGCUGACGCUUGGUAGGGUCAUCACCGCCCUCGUGGAACACCACCCACACGUGCCCUACCGGGACUCUAAGCUGACGAGGCUGCUGCAGGAGAGCCUCGGGGGAAGGGCUAAGACCUGUAUCAUCGCCACGGUCACCUCUUCCUCCGAUGCGCUGGAAGAGACCCUGAGCUCCUUGGACUACGCCCUUAAGGCCAAGAGCAUCCAGAACAAGCCGGUCGCCAACCAGAAGCUCAGCAAGACUCAUCUUCUCAAGGAAUAUGCCGGCGAGGUGGAGAGCCUCCGGUCGAUGCUGCAGGCCUCGAGGGACAAGAACGGGGUUUACAUUGAGCCGUGGCGUUUCGAUCAGAUGGAGAACACCCUGGCCUCCCAGGGGAACCAGAUCGCUGAGAUGGAGGCCGUUCUCCACAGCCGCAACAGCGAAACCAAGGAGCUCAAGACCGAGAGGGAUGCCUUCAAGGCGAAGGGACAGGAGUUGGAGGAGGAACUGGAGGCCUCUAAGGGCCGGGAGCAGGCUGUCUCCGCCACGCUCGAAGAGACACGGGGCCGCCUAGAGCGCACGGAAGCGGAACUGGCUGCGUCAAGGGUCCAGGCGGCGGAGCUGCAAACGAAGCUAGCGUCUACCGAGAAGGAACUGCAGGCUACCAAGGUGGAGCUCGCGGCCACUAGGGGAGUCGUGGCGGAGCAGGCGUCCACGGAGGGGGCCCUGCUAUCGGAGGCGGCGCAAACGGCGGAGUCUCUCGGGGCUGCGGAGCGCGACGUGGAGGGGCUGCUGGACAAGGUUGCCCGACAGGAGGAGGAAGCGGCCGGCAAGCGGAGCAACGCGGCCUCUUUCGGCGAAACCGCCACCGCCGCCACCAAGGGCGUGUCGGAGGCAGUGUCUCGCUUCUCAGGAGAACACGCCAAGGGUUGCGGCAACCUCAAGGGCUUCCUCUCCAGGGCGGAGGAAGCGGCGAAGGCGGCAUCGUGGGGACUGUCAGCGGCAGCGGCGGAGGCUCUCAAGGAGGCGGACCUGAAGUGCAAGGAACUGGCCGAAGGGGUUUCGACUGGAGCGGCGUCUACCGAAGACCUUGUAACCCUCGCUUCGAUCGCUCUCGAGGAUGCGCUGGGCGAGCAGAAGAGCGCAAUCGACGCCUGGAGCGAGCAGAUGGCGGCGUCGCUGGAAGGCCUGCGCAACGGCCUGAAGAGCCACGAGGGUGGUCUGUCUUCGCUUUGCGAGGACGUGAAUCGCCGGUCGGAAGAGGCUAGCAAGGAGAUGACUGACUUCAAGGAGAAGUGUGCUAGCGAGCUGGCGGAGGUGCGCAGCUGGGCUGACGAACGCAUCGCGGCGCAGACUGCGCAGAUGGAGUUGCAGAGCGAGGAAGCUAAGGUGGUGGCGGCAAGGUCUAAGGAGGAAACCAAGGUGGAGGUCGCCCAGCUGAUGCAGUCGCUGUCGACCCUCAUGUCGGGGCUGCAGACCAAUGCCGCCGCUCGCGCGGACAGCCAGGCCGCGGCGGCCGGGGAGGCUUGGUCGAGAUCCAUCUCUGCGGCGCGCUCUCUUGGGCCCGAGGUUUCCCAGAAGAUGGGAGGCAUCGCGGAGAGCGUCGCCAACGGGAGCGAGAGCGUGGCGAAGAAGCUGGCCCUGUCUUCGAGUGCCACCGGCAACAGCAUCAAGGAGCGCCAAUCUGCUGCCGCGGCCUUUGUCGCGUCUACUGCCGACGUGUCCGACGCAUUCGCGGCGGGUGCUACUCAAGCUUCCGGCCUCGCCGACGAUGCCAGGUCUUCCCUUAAGGAGAACAUGGCGGCCGUGUCCGGGGCCGUCGCGAGCACCGCCGAUGGCUGCAAGGCCGCCACCGAGAGCCUGAGGCUAGGAAACGGCGAGGCGGCCGAGCGUGUUGCAUCACUCGCCUCCUCGGCGGACCGGGAGGCCGCCGGCCUUGCCCAGGAGGGAGGGGAACAGGUUGGGGUCCUCGCCGCCUGCGUGGAAGGCCUCGAGUCCGACCACUCUUCCUCCCUCGGGCAGUGCGUGUUGCACAUCGAGGACCACGUGGAGGAGGCCUGCGCCGUCCGAGACCCGUCCGGAGGAACCCCCGGGAAGAAGUCUUACCCUCGCCCGGAGGCGUUCAGCACCACUCGACCGCACGAGGAGAUCAUGUCGGAGAUUCGCGGCGGAAAUCUGGAGGAGUUGUUCGCGUCGUCGGAGGCGUUCCUUCCGCAGGGAACAGGGACGACGGUUUCGUGCUCCGAUUCUGCGUCCACGGUGCCGUCGAGCCACGAGGAAGAAGAGGAUGAGGGAGAGGGAGAGGGAGAGGGAGAGGGAGAGGGACAGCAGACGGCUGGCGACCUUGAAGAGGCGGGUGAAGACCGGGUUGUGUCGCGUGGUGGGGAGCUUGAGAAGGGGGACACCGCCGUCCCGGCCGAACUCGCAGACGCCGCCGCUGCUACUGCUGCUGCAGAUGCUACCUCCACCGACCAGG